UUGUUGUUGUUGUUAUUGUUGAAAAUAUGAUUACUUGAAGAUUAUAUGAAAGGAAAAUUGAAUUCAGGACUACGAAUAAUUACAAUGGAGUAUAGAUUUGGAAAUUGUAUCCAUCACAACAAAUGUUUAUUUAAUGAACUUAAUAUACAAAUUGGUUUUGAGGAAUCGAUUCAAAUGAGAAGAAAUGUCAAAGAAUUCGAAGUGAGAAGGAAGGACUCCCUUUCCAUUUUUCAUCCAUAUCUCGAAACAAUCUGCACCGGAAGUGUUGCCGAGGGAUUCCGACAUGGUCGGACUGAUCGUGAUUAUAUGAAGGUACUUAAGGAUAUUAACAUUAUUUAUUCGAAUUUGGAAAUAUUAUAUUCAAGAGGGGGUGAUAAUUCCGAUAAAAAGUUGACUCUUGUAAUUAGCCAUGAGUCUAAUUAUGCGAAGGAAGGCUAUGUUUUGCUUAAAUUUCAAAACAGCGGAGAGGAUACAUUUGAAGAGCAUGCUCAGUGCAUCCAAUCUGCCUUAGUUGGUACUUAUGUUUCUAGCCAUGGAUUUAAAAAAUGGUGGAUAAAGAGAACCAAAGAUCCGAAUACUAAUUUCUUUAUACACGGUCCAUGUAUUUCCGUGACUGGGGUGUCAUCUGAUCAUGACAUGGCAUUUUCACUGGAAUGUCCUUUUUGGCCUCCACAAGCAAAGGAAUGGGUCAAUAGACCAAGACUUUGGCCAUCAAAACAAAUAGUUAGAGAAAUAGAGUUAGACGGAUGUCACCUCGUCCCAUUAGGUCCAGUUAAAGACGUGGAGAACGAUUUGCUAUGGAGACUGUCGUUUAACAAAGCAGAAAAAAAGCUGAUGUUUGCGUUCAACCAAACACAAUUUUUAUGCUAUGGUCUCUUCAAAAUUGUUCUGAAAGAAUGUAUUGAAAAAAUAGACACCUACCCAGAAAAUUCACUCUGUUCAUAUUUUAUAAAAACUUUGAUGUUUUGGGUCAUUGAAGAGACGGCUCCAGAACUCUGGCGCCCACACAACAUAGUUGUUUGUUUUUUGAUGUGCAUGUUGCGUUUGACCCAUUGGAUAAAAAUCGAAAGAUGUCCCAAUUUUUUCAUUCCCGAGAGGAAUAUGUUUAAAUCGAAAGUUUACGGUCAAACAAAAAUGCAACUUAUAGAAACAUUGAAAAAUGUGUUUAAUAUGGGUUUGUGGAAUUGUUUUGCUAAAUGUGAGAAACGCAUUCAUAUUAUGACCCAUCAUAAAGAUACGACCAUUUCAUGUCUGAAGCCAUACUUUGUUGACCAGUCCUACUUGAGAGAAUUCAGAGUACUUUCUUCUUCUUUCCUAACAGAUGACUUGUGUCAAUUCAGCAAAAUGGAGAAUCCAAAUCUUGAGAAUUUAUCAGAACUUGAAACCGAAUUUGUCACUUGUCAGCGUUUAUCAUUGUUUCAGAGAGAGGCAUUAAAAGCUCUGACUCCUGAGAAACAAGUUGAUUAUUUCACUAGGGCAAAAGAGCUGGAUUUAACAAGAGGUCCAUUGAUGUUAGCCACGUGUUUAUACGGUGUUAAGAAAUACUCUCAAGUUAUUCAAAUAAUACAACAAAUUAAUACGAGGUUGAAAAAAUUUACAUUCUAUGCAGGUAUAAACAAUGCCGAAGUAGCUAAACUUCACGAGGUACUUCCUGAGUAUGCAUUUUCACCAACAGUUCAAAGAUCUUCUCUUCGGGAGAAGCGUGAGGGACUUUUGGCUAUGGAUAUUAUCAUCCGGAAAGAGAUCAUUUGGACUGAGAGAGAUGUCUUCACGAAGAGGCCCAAUAGGGAGAACACACCCAGCGAACUUCAAUUUGACAUUUUGUUUCAAAGAACAUCUUUGGUAAUUCAUCCUCUUGUAUACUUACAUUUUCUGAACUUUUUGUGUCAAAAACACCUUGAUCAAAACAACUAUGCCAAAAAGGCACUAACUGAUUUAGAAGACGUUGUUUUUGAAGUCUGCACACAUGAUGACUUACCGAUGGCUCAUCUCAUUCUUGGCAUAUCCUACGAGAAAGAGAGACGAUUUGAAGAGGCACUCUAUCACUAUAAAGAGUCUUAUGGAAGAAGAAGUUCUUAUACAUCAGCUAUAUGUAGAGCUUAUUUGAUACAGGAAUAUGCCCAGUUAUGCUGUCCAAAAUUUGAGCCUUUUCUUGAUUAA